AUGGCUGAGGUGGAGUGGAUACACAGACAUCCAAAGGCCGAGGACCUAAGGGUUGGGCUCAUCAGCUGGGCAGGAACCUACCUCACCUUUGGAGCAUAUAAGAGUACAGUCACAGCUACUGCAAAGAGUUUGGGCAGGAGACAGACCUGGGAGCUCCUGGUGAGCAAUGAACAUGACGCGCAGGCCGUGAUACGACUAAAGAGCUUGCAGGGCCUCUACCUUCUGUGUGAAGCUGAUGGUACUGUGUGCUAUGGCAGGCCAAGGACUAGCCACCACGGAUGCUUCCUGCUCCGUUUCCACCGAAACGGCAAAUGGACCCUCCAGUGCAUUAUCUCUGGCCGUUAUCUGGAGUCUGAUGGUGAGGUUGUAUUCUGCAACUCCAGGGUCCUCUCAGCUUACCAUAUGUGGACCCCUAGACCAGCCCUGCAUGUCCAUGUGAUCCUCUACAGCCCCAUCUACCGCAGCUAUGCCCGAGCCGACCACACUGUGGGCCGCAUCUGGGUUGAUGCAGCAGUCCCCUGCCUGGAGGAAUGUGGAUUCCUGCUACAUUUCCACGAUGGGUGCUACCACCUGGAGACUUCGACACACCAUUUCUUGUCUCGCGUAGACCGGCUGGUCCCUCACCGCUCAUCAAAGACAGCUUUCCACAUGCAAGUGCGGCCUAGGGGGCUUGUGGCACUGUGUGAUGGAGAAGGAGGUACAUUGUAUCCGCAGGGCACACAUCUACUCCUGGGCCUGGGCUCCAGUCCUAUAAGGGGUGAGGAGUGGUUCAUCUUACAACACUUCCCAACCUGGGUCAGCCUGAAGUCAAAGGCACGGAGGUUCAUCUCAGUCGUCUAUGAUGCUGAGGUGUGUGCUGCCUCUGAGCGUUUGACCCCAAUGUCCUUGUUCCAGUAUGAAUGUGACAGCCUUACCUUACAACUCCGUUCAGCCAAUGGCUACUACCUAGCCCAGAGGCGACACAGGGCCAUCAUAGCUGACGGGUACCCCCUGGAAUCUAACACCUUCUUCCGUGUGCACUGGAACUGUGGCAAAAUCAUCCUGCAGUCCCCCAGUGGGCGUUUCCUGAGCAUUGCAUCCAAUGGCCUGCUGAUGGCAAAUGCCACCAUCCCAGGCCCCAAUGAGGAACUGGAGAUUCGAUUUGCCAAUCGUCCGUUUCUCAUCUUAAGAGGGCGGUAUGGGUAUGUUGGCUCCUCCUCAGACCGGGACCUGAUACAAUGCAACAUGGAUCAGCCUGACUGCAUUCACCUUCUGCCCUGCCGCCAGGGCAUCUACCACUUUCAGGCACAGGGCGGAUCCUUCUGGUCAAUAACAUCUUUUGGCACCUUCCGCCCUUGGGGAAAAUUCGCCCUCAACUUCUGUAUAGAACUUCAUGGGAGCAACUUGCUCACGGUGCUGGCGCCCAACGGCUUCUACAUCCGAGCCGACCGAAGUGGCACACUAUUGGCAGACAGUGGAGACAUUACCAAAGAAUGUAUCUGGGAAUUUUAGGAUCCUCCUUCCUCGACCUCCUGAGUGCUGGUUGG